AUGUUCUUCCCGAUCUUCCUUCUGACCACAAAUCAACGCAUUGUACACCCGUACUUGUUCACGGACCAGUUCUUCACGUUCCUCUUUGCGUACGGCAUCGCGACCGUGUGUGGCAUCAUUUUCGCCGAGCAUUCCAGCUUUCCCGCCCUCGCCUCACACUUCAUGAAGGCGGUUGACACAACUUGCCAGUUACUGCCGACAUCGUUGGAUACGAUCCUCCAUUCGGAGAUCGGCACGGACGCCUCGUCUUCAGCUUCCCCGAGAGACGAGGAAGCAGGUGUUCAGGGCGUCCCCGGUAUGGUCGAUCCAUCUGCCAGAGUCAAGCAGCAAGAACUCGCCAAGCGACUCCGCUCACAGAUCAAGGGGAUCCAGCAGACGCAUAAGGAUUACUCGCUCGACAUUGUGCAUGCCCGACACCAUCCCAAGGCCCUAAUACCCGUCAUUCGCCUUCUGUCGCGACUGCAGCGAAACCCGUUGCUCGGCCCUACCGGACAUGUGCCUGGCGAUCGUAUCCGCGCGGCUCUGGAGCGAACCUACGCCUCUCCGUUGUUUCACAGGAGCACCAAUCACUCGCCGAUGGGUAGAACUCCUCGCCGAAGCUUGAGUAGGCACAGUCUGACGAGCGCUGUCGAGAGCGCGGUGAUCGUGGCGUCGCCCAGUCAACUGUCUCUGGAGCUGAACCGUCUUACCGAGAUUCGAGGUGGGACGCGGUCACUCAACGGAUCCAUUCGAGGGUCGAUCCGCACGGAAAUUAUAAGGCCAGACUCGCCCGGUCGAGACAGCGCUCGCUUCCGACUGAAGCAGGCGUGCCUGUCGUUGACAGACACGAUCACUGCCGCUCUCUACGGCACGGGGAACCUGGUCGCCAUCGCGUGCGACUGGCAGGGAGACCAGGCGCCGAAGGAUGCGGUGCACGUCCCAGAGCUCAAGGCUCAGCUGGACAGAGCGCUGUUGGAUUUGCAGAAACGCCUCGGUGGUAUCGUGGACACGAUCUACGGCGCAGAUGGACUGGCGAGGACGACGUCGGAUUCACACCUCUCGGCCCGCGCGAUCACGUUUGAAGACGAGCUCAUCGAGACCGACUGGCUGGACGACGAGGACCGCUUCCGAAUCGCGUUCUACAUGAUCGCGCUCCUCGACUUAGCAAAGGACACGCGCGAGCUGCUGGACAAAGCCGAGGAGCUGGAGCAGACCUCGGGCAAGAAGCGCUGGUACUUCCCGCCGAUACUCUGGCCGUGGUCGCCUGUCGCGCCGCACGCGGAAAUGCCGUCCAUCGAGCGCGUGUCUGUCCCGCCACAGGACGACGCCCAGGACGCGCCGCGAGAAGAGGACCUCGACUACGUGCACAAGCUGCUUCACGAGAAGCGCGAGCUGCAUCUGCACGCACGGGAGGGGUCGCUGACCCAGCGAAUUGCAAACGCGUGGCGCCUGAUCUGGGACCGACACGCGGUAGUCAUGGCGCGCGUCUGGCUCAGCAAGCUCUUCUACGGCAUCAAGCAUUCGCGCCACGUUCACUUUGCCGUCAAGCAAACGGUUGGCAUCUGUCUUCUCUCUAUUCCGGGGCUCAUGCCACCGGGUCAAGCGGGGAGGGUGUGGUACGACCGCUCGCGCGGACCGUGGAUGGUCGUCAGCUUCAUGUACGUGAUCGAAGUGACGACUGGUGCGACGCUGCGCAUCGGCUUCUACCGAAUGUGCGGGACGUUCCUGGGCUGUGUGACGGGGUACGUCUGUGUCUUGAUAGCGCACAAGAACCCGUACGGCCUCGUGACGCUCGGCACCUUCUUCGCGGUCCCGAUCAGCUAUGGCGUGUGCUUUACGCAUUUUGCGCCCAUGAUGAUCGUGUUCGCAAUCACGCUCGCACCACUCCUGUUCAUGGAGUAUCUGAAUCUUGACGAGGGGCAGGGCAUCUUCGAGCUGUCGUGGAUGCGCUUUGUGGACAUCAUCAUCGGCAUUGCGGCCGCGAUCCUGCUUGGCUCGUGGCUCUGGCCCAUCCAUGCGCGCGUGCAGUACUUCUCGGCCGUGGGCGACACGAUGGAGAACAUCACAGACUACUACCUGCGCAUGAGCCGCGACCUGCUCCGCCCGACGCCAGUCUACAACGCGAACAGCAAGCAGUACCGUGUCCUUGAGCGCCGGGCUAGGGCCAAUAUAGCACGCUGCCGCACGCUGCAGACAGUGCAGCAGCGUGAGAUCGGCCUCCUCCCCCGUCCAACAAGGCUCUACGGCGAGAUCGUCGAUCUCCUCGAGCGACUGAUCGAGACGUUCAGCGAGAUCCGCACGCUCCGUUUCUCCCUGCCCAGGAAGGCGACUGUGCUCGACGUGCUCCCCAUUCGGAGAGAGCUCGUCAGUUCCAUCCUCGUCAACCUCUGGGCGUGCGGCCAGGCCUUCCGUUCCCGUUCGCCUCUGCCGCAGGUCUUCCCCAGUCCGCGCAACCCGCUCAGCGAAGUGAUGGAGACAACGGACGACUAUGCGCGGGAAGUACGCCAGAUGCGUGCGCGCGAGAAGCACCGCCGCAUGCGGGACAGUACGGACGACAGGGAGGAUUCGGGGGCAGGCCAGCAAGCAUACCACGCCGAGCUCGGCGUGCUGUACGCCAUGGCGGAGAAUGAGGCGCUGACUGAGGCGAUCAACUGUAUAGACGAGAGCUUCCUCGACAUGGACGUGAAUCCGCAUGAUGUGAAGGGGGAGAACUCGGCGCACUCGAGCGCCGAGUGGUGGCAUCAGUAA